CAAACAACAGCAUCACCAUGCCUCGCUUCAUCAGCCCCUUCGACGAAAGUCACCUCUUCUACCGUGACUACAAGCCAGCAGGUUUUCCAGCCCCUUUCAGGCCAGAUGAAACCUACGUCAGCAACGAGAAGCAGCAGCCUGCCCUCGUCUUCCUCCACGGCUGGCCAAUGUCCUCCAUCAUGUUCGAGAAGCUGACUCUCCCGCUCUGUGAAACUUAUCGAUUCCGCUGCAUUGCCCCGGACAGACGAGGAUUCGGCAACAGCGAUUGGAUGGGUUCCAAGCCCGUCUCCAAGCCCAUUGACUACGACGUCUUUGCCGCAGACUUGACGUAUCUGCUGGAGAAGCUUGAUGUCGGCCCGUUUGUCUUCAUCGGUGCAAGCAUGGGCCCCGGAGAGGCUGUGCAUACUUAUAUGAACAGCGAAUAUGUUCGCAAGAACUGCAAAGGAAUCAUCGGUAUUGGAGCCGCAUUGCCAUACCCGCUUCAAACACCAGACAAUCCAACGGCCACCUCAAGAGAAGCGUGGGACGAUAUUCUCCAUAAUCUCCGCUACAACCGCCCAGCAUACACCAAGGCCGCUUUGCCUACCAUUCUAGGCCGAGAUGCAGGCUGCCAGGUCAGUGACGAGUUGAUCCAGCGUUAUACCGAUCUGGUACUCGGGGCAGACGCGCAAGCCGUCGAGCGAUGCGUCCAGCUCAUCUCUUCAACGGAUUUCACCGAGAAGCUGAAGAAGUUGGAGCGCGAGACGGAUAUCCCGAUUACUUGCCUCCAUGGCGACCAGGACGCCCCUGAGUCUCAGGUCGUCGUACUGAAGAAGGUUGUCCCAAGGACCGUGGUGAAGAUGUAUAAAAAUGCAGCGCAUGGCCUGACGGACACGCAUGACGAGCAAGUUAUUGCGGACAUCCUGGAAUUCGUUCAGACUCUAAAGUCUUAA